AUGAGUGCUAUAAGCGGUUUCUCUGUCUUUCCGAAUGAAUUCGAUAAUUUGGUCAAUUCCAUCGAUUUAGUCAGCGCGACACUCACUGAUAAUUUGGAUCAACUAAGUAAGAGUAUAGUAGUAAAUAUAUGGGAUUUUCUUGUAGAGAAUGUAAACCUGCUGGAUUUGAAAGAAGAGCAACUCUUUUUUCGAGUCCAACAUUCAAACAUGUUCAGCAUGUUAAUUGUGGACUAUAGAGCUCUUGGUAGAUUUCCAGUCAGGAUAUUUUCAAAUAAAUUUGGUAAUGUGAUUCGUCAAAUAUUGUCUACAUACGACAGUAGAAAUCCGGAAGAUUACACGAUAAUUCUCCGAGAACAUACAAAGUCUUUUAUCCAACAAAUGGAUGCAAUUGUAGAGACACUGAGAAGCUCACGUAACGACGUAGCAAGUAGCCAUUUUAGCGACAACUGCAGGUGGACAGAAUCAGCUACAAAUAGCUGGAACGACGCGGUAUUGAAUUCCGAUAAAGAAAGAUUUGGCAGUAGCAACGAGGUUGGCAAGUCAAGUGACAAAAGUGGUGGAAAAACGGGUGAUCAGUUGCAUAGUGGUAUCAGUAAAAGAAAUGAAAGAGACACUGAAGGUCUCGAAAUUACGAAAAGAAAUGUUGGACAAGGCAGAGAUAAAUCAGGUGAUUUAGAAACGCUUGACGACGAUGAAAUAAUGGAAUUGGAUACUGAUAUCACUGAUGUUGUUGGUCGGUAUGAUUUAUCGAAAUCUACUUCUGUUCAGGAAAACUCAGGACGAGAAAUAUGCGAUGAAGGUGAGAAAGAGGAUAUGGAGGAAGAGCUCGUAGAUUUUAUCGGUGCCGAAGAUUUCACCGAAGAAGAUUUGAAAGUUUUAAAACGAUAUAGUGUUUAUCCAUCAUAUAUUGAAGUGAUGCAAUGUGAUAGGGAUCCGGAGUUGAAGACAGUGAUGGAUUCUUUGCAGAAGACUGCUUACGAAGAAGAAGAUGAAGUGGUUAAUUCUGAUGAAUCAAAUUCUGAAGUCGAUUUUUUAUUGAGGACCGGUACCAUAUUACUCAAAAAUAAAGGACAGAAAAUAAAGAAAAAAUCAUGCCCACAUAAUAGUUUCAUAAAAAGUGUAAUGGAUGGGAACGCACAGGAAUAUGACUAUAUUGAGACCGAUCAUAGUGAGGAUGAUGUGAAAGAGGAAGAAGAAUCUAAGGAAGGCAAGGAAAUGACACCUUGUCUCGGGUCAGAAAUUAAACACAAAAAACUUUAUGAUCGCGGUAUAAGCACGGAUGAACCGAAGCAAAAUUCAGCGACAACGAAAAAUAAGCAAAGAUGUAAUUCGGAUGCUGCUACUUAUGGUAGGCAUGAAACUUUAAGAGAUGAUAACAUAUCGAAAAUGAGUGAUAACCUCAAAAAAGAUCGUCUUCUAAGCAAGCGUUUGGUGCUAAGCGAUAGCGAGGUGGAAUCAAUCGAUGAUGAAAAGAAAGGAAAAGAAGCGGAAGGAAGUAUCAAAGAUUUCGAAGAGGAUAGAAGAAAAGGAAAUAGGAAGCGAAAACAAAUACAUUCUUCGGAUUCCGAAGCUUCCUUUAAUACUUCGGAGUCAGAUACCGGUGAUAGCAUGAUUUCUGAAAUAAUUGAUGCUGACGAUGAUAUUGAGCUCUCCAAUUCAAGUGAUGGGGAUGGCAGUAAAACAUCGCGUAAAGGCAAAAACGCACGUGUAAAAUUGAAGCGAAAACGUGUUCGCAUUGAUGAUGAUGGUGAAGACGAGGAGGAAAGGGAUGAUGACAACGUAUCAGAAGAUCCGGAAAAUGAUGAGAUGAGUAAAAAAUCGUCAAACAAGAGAGGCACUCGGAAAAUUUUGGCUAAGGAACAGUUGCAGAAGGAUACAAUCGACGCCGAAUUGGCAGAAAAAGAACGAAGGAAGCGUUUGGAAGCAAAACAGAAAGAGUUCAAUGGAAUCGAAUUGGCCGAUGGACCAGAUUUAGCGACUGCACUAAGUUCUUCGUCACAGAUCACAAAACAUCAACGUUUGAAAAGUGUUGUCCUCGAUCCUGAUAAAAAAGGCAGUCCAGCAUGUCCAGUAUCCGUACAUCCAUCGUUGGUCGCUUUCCUGAAACCCCAUCAAGCUAAGGGUAUUCAGUUUUUGUAUGAUAGCUCCAUCGAGUCGCUGCAACGAUUGGAGCAAGAUGGUGGUGGUGGUAUCCUUGCUCAUUGCAUGGGCUUGGGUAAAACAUUACAGGUGAUCGCUUUCUUGCACACUGUAAUGAUGCAUCCAAAAUUGCGUGAUCACCUCAAACGUAUCUUAAUUAUUGUGCCAAAAAACGUCGUAUUAAACUGGUACAAUGAAUUCGAGAAAUGGCUUGAUAAUGAAAAUAUCGAUAGAGAUCUGGCCACGAUUAAUGUUAUGGAAAUGGAUUCCUUGAAGGAUUAUACUAGCAGACGGGUAGCCUUACAAAACUGGUUUGAAAAUGACACACCAUCAGUGAUGAUUAUUGGUUAUGAUAUGUUCAGGAUACUAACACAAGGCGAUGGCGAUAAGAUAAUGAGCGGAAUAAAUUUUCAGGGCAAGAAAAAAGUUGAUGCGAUGAAAAAGACAACAAAGAAUAAAAGGCUGACCAAAUUGCAACCAGAUUUCCGAAGGUUCCUUCAAGAUCCUGGUCCAGAUUUAAUUAUUUGUGACGAAGCUCAUAAAUUGAAAAAUGAUGAUUCGGCUCUUGCAAAGACUAUGUUAAAAAUUCGGACAAAACGACGAUUAUGCUUGACCGGAACACCACUUCAGAAUAAUCUAAUGGAAUAUCAUUGCAUGGUAAAUUUUGUGAAACCAGGAUUAUUGGGUACCAAAGCAGAAUUUGCAAAUCGUUUCGCAAAUAUCAUCAAUCGUGGAAGAACUAAAGACGCGACACCAGCAGAAGUUCGUCGUAUGAAGAAACGUUGCCACGUCCUAUAUGAACAUCUAAAAAAUGUUGUUGAUCGUAAGGAUUAUCGAGUAUUGACGGAAGCUAUCCCACCAAAACAAGAGUAUGUGGUGAAUGUUCGUUUGACGCCUCGUCAAGUGUCGUUGUAUCGUACAUUUCUUGAUGGUAUUGGUCCAGAAGGUAUCCUGUUAAGCAGACGACUUCUUCCCGACUAUCACGUGCUGUCACGUAUUUGGACUCAUCCCUAUCAGCUUGUUGCUCAUCAAAUUGAACUUGAGAAAAAACGUCUCUGGGAGGACAAUAGGGAUGAAAUGGCGGAUUUCAUAAAUGACGAUGAAAGCGAGACAUCAUCAUCAGAUGUUGAUUCGGACGAUGACAUUAUUCCUUUAGACAGCAAUGAUCAACCUGAAACAAGCAAUAAACCAGCGGUACCAGCACGAAAGUCACGCCGACUGGCGGGCCAAGAUGUAGAGGAUGGGAAAGAAAUUAUGCCGGAAUACGAAGGGUGGUUCACUAAAACUGGUCUGGUCACGGAAACGGAUAGAAACGAUUUUUCAUUAAGUAAUAAGCUAAUGCUGUUGGUUGAAAUCAUCAAAAAAAGUGAAGAAAUUGGGGACAAAUUGUUGGUAUUCUCGCAAAGUAUUGAAUCAAUUUCGCUAAUUAAAAGGAUGUUGCAAUAUAUGGAUGAGAAUAGUAUAUGGUUUACGGAUGGCCAUGAAGCAAUGAAAGCAGCAAACGAAACUUGGGGUUGGAAAGAGGGCCGUGAUUACAUGGUGAUCGAUGGGCAAGUGCAAACCAGCAAACGGCAUGAAAUACAGACAAAAUUUAAUGAUCCAAACAAUUUACGUGCCCGUUUGAUGCUUAUUUCUACACGUGCUGGUUCGCUAGGGACCAAUAUGGUUGCUGCAAAUCGAGUUGUUAUUUUUGACGCUUGCUGGAAUCCAUCACAUGAUACGCAGUCUUUAUUUCGUGUUUAUAGAUUCGGACAAACGAAACCCGUAUACAUUUAUCGCUUCAUUGCUCAGGGAACAAUGGAAGAACGAAUUUAUAAACGUCAAGUUACGAAGGAGUCAACAUCGAUGCGUGUUGUGGAUGAAGCCCAAAUUGAACGACAUUUUGCUGGUCAUGACUUACUGGAGUUGUAUAAGUUUGAUCCGGAUGAAUUGAGCGAUGCACAAAAUGUACCAAAAAGACCGUUGAUGGCACCGCCAAAAGUAAGGUUUUCCAAGACAAAAUGA